AAAAUGUCAAGAGUAUAAUAUACGCUUGUGUCUUUCAGAACGUUGCAGUAGCGUAGAUUUCGUUUUAAGGAUAAGACCUUUAUAACUUAGUGUAAAUGAUGAUGGUUAAAAGACACGCUCGUUUGUUCAUGUUAGCUGUAAUUAUACCAGUCAUAGUUAGCAAGUCCAUUGCUUCUCCGUGGCCACGAUGGAAUCAGAAAGGACCUUAUGACGGGGAGAACGAAGAAAAGCCAGUUUGGAAGCCUCAGACGGACCCACGUGUUCCCUGGAGACCUUUGAUACACAGACCUACAGGUAGACCAUGGUGGAAACAAUGGAGAGCAGAAAAAGAAGGCGACGGUGAUAGGGUCGACACCCCAUUUGUUCAUCCGCUUCCAGGGACUUAUUUCAAAAGAGAAACAGACUGGUAUUCAAGGGACAUAGCCAGUGACAAAGAAGCAGAGAUUGAUGAACCCCAGAGAUAUCCGAUUGAACGGGAGUCUGAUCAGCAGGCUUAGGGGUAAAGACAAACUAAAAGACGAAAAAGGAAGAGAACUAAACAGCCGUUUUUAAUGUUAUUUAAAAUAAUAAAGAGUAAUAUUGUUAAGUAAAAGCAUAUCUUUGUGGAAUGUAAAUAUCAGUACAAGUGCAUCUAUCUUCAUUUUAUUCAUUUUUUUUUUGUAUUUUCCGCAUUUUCUGCGUUAAAAUGAUCUGUAUUUGUUAUGAUGUAACCUUGGUUGACAAUUUUUGCUUAUUAAAACCUCGUCUUAAACAAUAAGAAA